AUGACAGUUUUAACAGUUCAAAUUGGACAGUGUGGUAACCAAUUAGGUUUUGAAUUUUUUGAUAUAAUAUACAAAUAUAUAAAUUCGUCAAAAAAUGAAAAUUUUAAAAGUAAGUUAAUUGAUAUGUAUUUUGAUGAGGAAUAUAAAUAUAAUAAUAAUAUUUUCCCAAUUAUUGAAUAUGAGGAAAAUAAAAAUAGAAAAAGCUAUAUGAAUGAAAAUAGUAAUAUCGUCUGUUUAAAUAAUUAUAUAGCUAGAUGUAUCUUAAUUGAUAUGGAGCCAAAGGUAAUUGAAAAAUGUUUACAUUCUAAUUUAUCAGAAAAAAAUUUAUAUGGUAACAAUAAAAAAAAAAAAAAAUAUUAUAACAAUGAAGAAAAAGAUAUAGAUGAUGAGAAAAAUCAAAAAUAUGUAUGUGGAUUGGAUGAAUACUAUGAACCAACAAAUAAUUUUCUAAAAAUUUUUAAUAAAAAUGGCAAAAAAAGAAGUAAUGAUCAAAAUAAUUGGGACGAAGAAAAUAUAUAUGAAAAAUUUAAUUCGGAUGAAAAUAUAGGAAAUCAGAGUAAAGAAAGAUCUAGUGAAUAUUUUACUAACGAAUGGAAAUAUAAUAAUAAUAACUUUGUGUAUGGACUGAAUGGUUCUGGUAAUAAUUGGUCAUACGGUUUUAAUGUUCAUGCAAAAAAUAUAUGUGAACAUUUUUUAAAUUUAGUAAAUAAAGAAUUAGAAAAAAACGAAUCAAAAGAAAAUAUAGAUAAUAUAUUGUUAUUUCAUAGCUUAGCUGGUGGUAGUGGAAGUGGUAUUAGUUCAUAUAUUUCAUAUAUUUUGAAAGAUGAAUUUCCUAAAAUAAAUUUAUUUAAUAUAUGUGUUUUACCUUAUAUGUUUGGUGAAAUUAGCGUACAGAGUUUAAAUUCAAUUUUAUGCUUAUCUUCUCUAUAUAAUGUAUCAGAUUGCAUAAUUCUCUUUGAAAACGAUAAAUUUGAAUUAAUGUGUAAAAGAAUUAAUAAUGAAAAUAUUAAUACUGAUGAAAUUAACAAAUAUAUUAGCUUAUUUUUAGCUUCAACUAUUGGAUUACCUCUAGAUUUCACUAAUUUGAAAAAUGGAAAUAAUUAUAAAUAUUCGAACUUUAUGAAUUCUAUUUUAACAGAUUUAUGUUGUCAUCCUAAUUAUAAAUUAUUAUCAGCUCGCUAUUUACCUCAAGUUUUUAAGGAAAAUAUAAAAUUUGAAUACAAUUCUUUUAAUAUGUUAUUAAAAAGAAUGCAUAAAAUGGUAAUUAAAGGAAGCAUAUUAGACUCUGAUAUCCCAAAUGACAAAAGUUUUAUAACAGAAUCUUCUAAUUUAGAUAAUUAUUUUUCUCAUUUAUCUUCUAGAAGUAUAAAUAAUAAUAAACUUUUUUCUAAGAAUAUUAAUAUUCCCAUAUAUUUAAAUGAAUCGAUUAGCAAUUCUUAUGUAAAUUAUGAGUAUAAUUCAAUAUUUUUAAAAAAAAAUUCAAAAAAUGGUUCCCAUAAAAAGCAAACUUAUCAUCAUUUUAAAAAUGUUGCAGAAAAUGUACCAUCCAGUAAUUUUAUUCAUAAUAAUGUUAUAUUUAGUUCAAAAAUGAUAAUGAGAGGAGAAAUUAAUGAAAACAUUAAUUUUGAUUUAUUUAAAAAUCAUGUAUUGUAUAAUAAUAAAUCAUUAAACCCCAUGGAAAUAUAUAUUGAUGAAAAUAAGCAAUUUAAUUAUAAUAGUCUAUCUAUGAUAUCAAACUGUUUAACACCAAUUCCAACUUUAAAAAAAAUUUUGCAAAAUGCUAAAAUGUUAUAUUCCUCAAAUGCUUACAUUUAUCAGUACAAUAAUUAUAGCGUAACUCAUGAUCAAAUUCAUAAUUCUUUAAUGGAAGUAGAGCAUAUUAUUAACUCUUAUGAAAAUUUAUCAUGUGAAUAA